AUGUCUCCUCCUCUGCCCAUCUCAUCAUUCGUCAAAUCCCAUCUCUCCCGGCUCAACCUCGUCUAUCCAAUAAUCCAAGCUCCCAUGGCGGGCGUAUCUACCCCUCAACUAGCUUCGAUCAUCUCCAACGCCGGUGCACUAGGCUCAAUAGGUCUAGGGGCCAGUACACCUUCACAAGCUAAACAGAUGAUCUUAGAUACCCAGAAAUCUUUACAUAAGGAUAAAUCAUUCAAUGUGAAUCUUUUUGUCCACCAGCAUCCUACCUCCAACUCACAAAUCAACACCAGAUGGAUAAAUAAGUUGAAGCCUCAUUUCGAGCAAUAUGGUGAUCAACCACCUGACCAACUGAAUGUGAUAUAUAAAUCGUUUAUGGACAAUGCAGAAAUGGUCGAUAUUUUACUCGAGCUCAGUCCGCCAAUUAUAAGCUUUCAUUUUGGCCUACCAUCCUUGGAAGUAUUAGAUAAACUGAAAGAGAAUGGAGCUAUAUUGAUGACUACCGCUACGUCUUUGGAAGAAGGAAGGAUGAUAGAAAAGACGGGAAAGGUGGAUUAUAUAAUUGCUCAAGGGUGGGAAGCAGGUGGACAUCGAGGUAUAUUCAACCCUCUAGGUGAAGAUCAACAAUUAACUACAUUCGUCUUAACAUCCCUUUUAAUCCGGAAAUUGAAUACUCCCAUUAUAGCUGCUGGAGGAAUAAUGACAGGUCAUCAUGUACGAUCGUACCUAGACUUAGGAGCCGUAGCCGUCCAAUUAGGAACUGCAUUCGUAGGAUGCGACGAGUCAUCUGCUGAUCAAGGAUACAAAGAUGCUUUGUUCAGUAGUAAAAGUGAGAAGACAAAGAUGACUAGAGUUAUAUCUGGUAGACCAGCUAGAUCUUUAGUCAAUAAAUUUACACAAUUAGAAGAUCAACUUGAACAAGAGGGAAGGGUGGAUAUACCGGAUUAUCCAAUAACGUAUGAUGCUGGGAAAGCUUUGCAUGCUUUGGCGAAAUUCAAAGGGGAGUACGGGUAUGGUGCGCAAUGGGCUGGACAGGGGGCGCCCUUGGCUAGGAAGAUGGGCGCUGGGGAUCUGUUGGAUGUACUGGUGAAGGAGUUGAUAGGAGAGGGACGGUGA